CACACUGUGAAUUUGCUAGAUGAUAACUGAAUAAUUGAUAACGAGUAACGAUAAUGUGAUCAGUGAUCACUGUUAUUUUAUGUACAAGUAGCAGGCACUGUUACUGCUACUCAUUCAGUCACAGUGAAGUAGCAGUUAUAGUUUGUGGCAACUUCGCGAUAGUUGACAUAAUCAUUGAUAAUUAGAUUAGUAGCAAGUAGCAAAACUCAUCGACACUGGACGGUUCAUAUGGAUAUGACAUAAAUAUAAAAUAUAAACUGUCAUAGACUUAACGAUAUCACGUUAAAUUUUAAUUGAAUAUUUAUUCUCUACUGUUUAAACUUAAAAGUUCAAUAUUGUAAUUUAUAUUUUCAUUUUGUCGUUUCGUAAUAUUCGUUUUAUUUAAAACUCGUGGCCCAUUAUUAUUGUCCGUAAUUAAAAAUACUUUAAAUACCUUGCAUACUCGUGCAACAUAGGCAUAUUAAAAUGUGGAAUAUCUAAAUAGUACUGUUAUCUAAUAUUAUAUUUUAUAAAUAUUAAGAAUAAAUAUGCAGUACAUAUAAGAAUAAGUAUAAUAUGUAUUUCAAGUCGUGUUAACUUAUUUAUUUGGAUGUAACAUGUUUAAUGAAAACCGAUUUCAAACUUAUAUGAAUGCCUAUUUGUUAUUCCAUUACAAUAACAUAUAAUACCUACCUAGUACUUGCACAAUGUCUCAAAACGAAGUGACGUUUGUAGAGGAAGAAAAUUUCAAGUCAUUAGUAUGCCGAAGACUGGUUGAAUGUGGUUGGAUGGAUGAGGUGACCAUGUUAUGCAAAGAAAAGUUAAAGGAUCGUUUAUCUAAAGGGCAAACAGUUCAAUCUAUAACUGAAGAUGAUUUAUUCAAUGAUGUUGCCCCAGAUGCUAGAAGAAUGUUACCAGAUACAAUCAAAAGAGAAUUAAAAGUAAAAGUACAAAAUAAAUUACUACAAACAGCUGGAUAUUUUGAUGAAACGGAUAGUGAAUCUUAACAUACAAAUCUUGCCCUAUUUGUACUUUUAGAAAAAUAACAAUUUCAUUUUUAUUAAAAUAAUUAAAUAUCUUAAAAUGAAAUAAAUCAUAUUUGUUAUGAA